CCACGCUGAGCUUGUUGGGGGAGCGCAUGGACACACUGUUGAUGUUUAUAGUCGGUUAACGAUAUUAUUGACUGAGGCACUGAGCAGCUAUGACCUGUAUUGGCUACAGCGUCCUUAAAGCAGUUUAAAGCAGUUUGAACAAAACAUGGCUCCUUUCCUUCCCACUUUAUAUAGUGUAUAGAAUCGCGCGCGCGACUGUCUCUCAUUGUAAACACUAGCUUAGCUCAUCAUCUGAGGUAGACACGGGACAACGAUUUUUUUCUCUCUCUUUGCCCGGAAGUUUGGUUUAAAUGAUCACGUCGAAACCCUUUCCCGUGAUACUACUGAGUGAAAUUAUAUUAAAAUUAUAUCAUCACACAUUUUAUUAGAAUUCUAUCCUAACAGCAAGGCUUACCAUGUGAAGCAUGCAGGAGACCUGCUUCACAAAGCUGUUAUAGACCUAUAUGCUUGAUUGACAAAUGUCUUCCUGUCUUGACUUCUCACAGACAAGCAACAGACUGUAGAAUAAAUGAACAUUUGCAUACUACUUAAACCCAACCUGUAAGAGCUUGAAAGUCUCCUUUGCACUCCACACAAAAGACUCCCUCAUGGAAAUGUGUACUAGCACUUCUAUACCUGUAGGUCCAUACAUGUUAUUCAGCUAUUGUUUGUAUAGCAGGGCUGUGCUCAAACAACAACUCGGGUAUGUCUUGGCACAGGUGUAAGAGUCAGCCUGAAUCAAAACACCUUUAUUAAGUCUGUAUCCAGUCACAAGUACAAACAGAAUUUGUGUCAUUCUACUAGAGGCCGUUCAUGUUAUUUAAAGCCUUUGCACACCCGCUCCUCUCUUGUGUAUGAAGUUUGGACCACUCCGGAGCUGAGUUAUACUUUUAAUAAAGGAUGAGACAAAGUUUUCCACAAUAUGGAUCGUGAGUCAUCACCCACAGACCAGCCACUCCAGCCCCUGCGCUUUCCAUAAUACUCUGGCUAUGCCCUGAAUACCAGUGCUCUCACCAAGGCCUUGUGUGUAUCCCUGACAACACUAUUCUGUCAGUGUGGCUUUCCCACAGAGGGCAAUCUGCCCGCGUUUCCGACCUUUUGCUGCACUGUAAGACUGGUAAUUCAUUGAUGUAUGAUAAGUGUUCUGGUAAAUGCAGUCAAGAUUUAUACUUUGUGAAGGACGAUAACAUCAGAGGAAAUGCACUGAUUAGUUGUAUACUGAUGAUUAUUUGUUUACUAACCACAAAUAUUUUGGUUAAAAAGACUCUAAACAUAGAAAACGCCUUAGAAGUCUGAGAAUAUGGGGCUUAAUUACUUUCCAGUGAUGGACUACUCUCACAGGACCAGACAUGAUCCCUAAAGAGAAUACACUAGUGACAUAAGUCACUAAGACGAAGUUGACAUAAGGGUGUACUAGGCAACGGACUCGUUUUUUAAAUUUCUAAGCUAAACCAAUUCCUUAUAAUGUCAGACCCCGGAGUAAGGGCAGUGACUGACAACAAACAUACAGUACCAUGGAAUGUAAGCCAAAAUGGCUGAAAAGUUGCCAAUAAUAAUAACCCUUUUCUGCUGGAAGCUGUGCCACGUCUUAGCUCUGCAAAUUAGUCAUCAUCCAUGUUGUCGAUAUUUUCCACUGCCAUGCGGUCUGUGUCAUAUUUAACUACCCUUGCUGAAUUUAUAUUUGAAUUUGAAUCUGAAUUUAAAUUUGCUUUUCUUGCCCUAGUACAAUGCAAACCAGCAUAUGGGUGAAAAUGAAAAUACUGGACACCGACAAUUGAUCAAACACAGUGGUCACAGAAUCGUCCUGAUUAAUGUUGCUGGCUAGAAUUGCUUCUCUGCUUUUUUGCUGGUGAAUUCAAGAAAUCAAAAGUUUAAUGAUUUUAAUCACUUUUAAACAGUAAAUAAUUUUUUUUCAAAUAUGUUUUUUUUACCCACUGUAGCAUUUUCUUAUUGCUAUUUAUCUUCAUCUGACAUUUCUUCAUAUUGACAUAUUGGUGGUGGAUAUAAAAAUAUCGAGGAUUAUGGGUAAUAUGCCGAGGUGUGCUCUACUGUCCGGUGGAAAAGCUGUAUAAACACAAGGUAAGCAUGUAUCUGUGUAUCAUGUGGUUGGAGAACAGUUUACAUGUAGAUUGCAAGGUUUCAAUAAAAGAUUCAUUCAAGACAUCACUCGCUUGAGAGGAUAUUACUCCUCUAGAGGAUAAAAGUUCCCAGACUUCUGGAAACUGGGGCUGGAUUUAGAGGGAAAUCCUGUGGACAUAAUGUUGUGCUCAUUUUUGCGGCAACUUGUCUUUUUUUUUUUUUUUUUUUUAAAGACUGUCUCCAGAUGUGUAUUUUUACUUAAAGAUUGCGUCAGGCACUAUGAGACUACUGAUAGACAUGCAACCACAUAAAGUCCCAUCCAUUAAAGGUACAAUAGGUAGUAUAUAUUAUUUAUAUUGCAUAGAAAAUGCAAAUAACCUGGCAAGAACAUGUAGAACAUCAACAAAAAUAAUUUUUGAUGAAAAAAUAAAAAAGGUGAUCAAAAGUGUAAUCAUAUGCCAAUGAGAUUCUUCAUGAGUUCUCAGAAAGACAAACAUAAUGGAGGUGCCCAGUAUAGCCAGAUCCUUUUUCUAAAAGUAAUGACAACAGAAGAACUGAAAGGGAUGUAUAGCUUCGAACUGUUUAAGGGAAUUUAAUGAGACACCAGGUUCCUCAUGGCCUGGUAAUUGAUCAUUAGCAUUGUAACUGCUUGGAUCAGUGGCUGCCUUUUACAUCAAGAAUUAACCUUAUCAUUUAGUUAGCUAUUAUUUUGGAUGAAUUACCUAAGUAGAUUGUGUGUGAUAACUGCAGCUAACUGUGCUUGUAAGCUCCAAGUAAUCUGGGUGGCUAAAAUUAGCCAGGUGAUCUGAGCUAACAUAGCAAAGGCUGUGACAUUAACCGAGUGAAUUAAUGCUGCCUAAAGAUAUUGGGAUGUCAGUGUAUCAUGAGUUAGGCAGCUAAGGUUAUGUUUUGUGUUUUGUCCCUAAAUAGGUGUGUUUGUGUUAAUUAUAGAGUAAUCGAAUCAUUCCCGAGGUGUUGUAGUUCACCAUUUAACAGCUCCUUUAAGUUGUAAGAUACAGGAUUUUUUUUUUUUUGGUGGUUAUUAGAGCAGCAAUAUUAAUUCUAACUAACCAUUUACGCUACGUAAUGAAGUAGAAUGAGCCAGUGUAUAUAACACUCUGCUGUUUUUGUGAAUGUAUGUCAAAUGUUUUGACAGUGUUUUAGCUAUGGGAUGACCCUGUGCAGUCUUGUUGUUAGGGAGUGUCUAUUUCAUGUUAUCAUAACAGGGUGGUGACAGAUUACUAUUACUGUAUUAGACGUCAAGCUUUUAUAGUCAUCUUAAUAGCUUGGUUGUUGUGUGUGAAUUGAUUUGUUUCCUUGAACAGUGAGAGAGCAAGGGACGGCUUCAUGUGGCAUGAGUGCUUGGGUGACGAGACCCUCUACAGGAAUAAUUAAAACUGCUGUUGGCCUGCAUGUACCAGCAUAUGUGUUAUACUGUAAUGUCACGAUUAGUUCCUGUCUAUUUUCUGUGUGACUGUUUUAGUUAAGGCCAUCUGGUGAUGCCGAAGAGCAAUAUGAGUGGAUAGGUAGUGGUUAUAGGGUAGAUCCUAAUGCACCGUAAAAUGAAAACAAUUUAUUGCUGAGAAUAAAAUAAGAAAUUUCACUUUUUAUCAAAAUAUAAUAUCACAAUGACACUAUUAUGUUUAUUUCAGCAUGUGUCCUAUAGCUCAGAAAGUUUACAUUUAAAUACUGACAUUAGUAUGUAUAGUAAUGGCUAACCUUUGAAUAUUUUACAUGUGCAGAACAAUACUGGAUCAGCAAGAGUAUGUGCUCACAAUAUAAAAUACUUAUCUCCAAAAAAACCUGCUGUAGAACUUGUUAGACAAUUGCAGAACCACAGUGAUAUUCUGUUUAAAGAAAACCAUUACUUAGUCUGAUUGUGCCAUGUGAUGAAGCUGUGGCCUAAAGUAUUUCCCAGCAUGUGGUUGUUUACUUUAGGUUUAUUGGAGAUGCAUGCGUUGUUUGAGUUUUGAUACUGCAGUGUUUGGUUAGGCAAUAAUCCAUACCUGCUCCUGUGAUGACAGGUGACAUGUGCAAGCAUAUUUUCUGUAAACCUCUCCUAAUGCUUGAAAUCCUCAAGCACACUUUUUGUCUCUGUAUGGCACAAUAACUAUGGUGAGGCAACCAAGUGCUCAUCUAAAAAUAUCAAAUUGCUACUUGGAACUUGAUUAGAGCAAGGGUGAUAGGUGGGCACAAGAGGUGCAGCGUGUGGUGUACGAGUGUAUUUUUUGCUGAGAGUGUGUGUGUUCCUGGUAGAGUGUAUGUAUUACAGUCAAGAGGUGAGUAUGUGCAUGGACAGCUGGCCCGGCUUUCCUUUGGAUAGCCUGUGACAGGACUAUUUCCAGCGCCUAUGGGUCAUGUUGCCGCUAGCAAAGAUAACACCCUGAUAGCACAAUAACUGUAACUGGCAAACACAUGGAGCUACAGAGCCUUGCAGCAGCUAAUCAUUGUUAAGGGGAAAACUUUUGCCACAAAGGACUUCUGAGGACUUCUUGGUCAACGGGACACGAAGAGAGCCAAACAAUGGAAUGCCCUCUCCUGCCUGCACUGCUCACAGCUUCAGAGACUUCAGAGGUUAAACGGCUUAGUUAGCAGUGUACCUCUCCCCCUAGAACACACGCAGCCAGGGGAAGAAGAGCGUCAAACAAAAAAGAAGGGGAUUUUUUUUUUCCUUUAAAAACAGAGCACCUUACUCUAGCGCUCUAGAGUUAUUUAAUUUUAUUUUAAUUAAAUUUAAGAACAGACAUCAUGAUGGAUUUAGCGCCGUAUCUAUGGAUGGUUGUAAUUGGCUUCAUCAUCGCCUUCAUCCUGGCAUUUUCAGUGGGAGCCAACGAUGUAGCGAACUCAUUUGGCACGGCGGUGGGCUCGGGGGUGGUCACAUUGCGCCAGGCCUGUAUCCUGGCCUCCAUUUUUGAAACGCUGGGCUCCAUGCUCCUUGGCGCCAAAGUGGGUGAGACCAUUCGGAAGGGGAUUAUAGAUGUCAGCUUGUACAAUGACACCGUACCCAUACUGAUGGCAGGCGAGGUCAGCGCCAUGGUCGGGUCUGCGGUUUGGCAGCUCAUUGCCUCAUUCCUUAAGUUGCCCAUUUCUGGAACUCAUUGUAUAGUGGGGUCUACUAUCGGCUUCUCAAUGGUGGCCAUUGGCACCAAAGGAGUACAGUGGAUGCAGCUAGUCAAAAUUGUUGCCUCCUGGUUCAUCUCUCCUCUACUGUCAGGCCUCAUGUCUGGCCUACUCUUCUAUGUCAUCAGAUAUUUCAUUCUUAAUAAAGACGAUCCUGUUCCAAAUGGCCUCCGUGCUUUGCCCCUCUUCUAUGCCUCAACUAUCGGCAUCAACACAUUCUCCAUCAUGUACACAGGAGCUCCCUUGUUAGGUCUGGAGAUGCUCCCAGUGUGGGCCAUCGCCCUCAUCACCCUGGCCGGCUCUCUGGUGUGUGCUGCUCUGGUCUGGAUCUUUGUCUGCCCCUGGAUGAGAAGGAAAAUAGCAAGUCGGCUGAAAAAAGAGCAUGUUCUCUCACGCAUCUCUGAUGAGAGUCUAGAUAAGAUUCCUGAGGAAGAAGAGGAGGCUCCGGUGUUUAAAGAGCUUCCAGGGGCAAAGAGUAAUGAUGAUUCUGAGCUGCCCUUGACUGGGGAAUCCACUGGGGAGCUAAACAGCCUGGCCAAUGGUGGCACCGUCCUUCCUAACGGCCGGGUGUACGGUCGCACACACUCCAUGACAAAUGGCUGUCUGAAGUCGCCAGUGUCCAACGGAAGCUUUGCUUUUGAUGGACAUGUGCGCAGCGACGGCCAGGUGUACCACACUGUGCACAAGGACUCGGGUCUCUACAAGGAUCUGCUACACAAGAUCCACGUGGGCCGGCUGGAGGAAGAGCGGCCCGACGUCAGCCACCGGGUCCUGCGCCGCAACAACAGCUACACGUGCUACACAGCGGCCAUCUGUGGCAUGGCCGUUCAGCCCCUACUGCGCUCAGAGUCGAGUGCUGCAGCGCCACCUGAGGACAGUGAGAAGCUGGUGGGUGACAGUGUCUCCUAUUCUAAGAAGCGUGUCCGUUAUGACAGCUAUUCUAGCUACUGCAAUGCUGUGGCCGAGGCUGAAAUCGAGGCAGAGGAGGGGGGUGUGGACAUGAAAGUGGGAUCUGAGAAGCUUGAGUCAAUGCAAGGUGCAGGAGGGGUGCUGGAUGACUGCGCUGAUGAGGACAAAGAAGAGAAGGACAAGCCCCAGGUUUUUCUGCUCUUCCAUUUCCUGCAGAUCCUCACUGCCUGCUUUGGGUCCUUUGCACAUGGUGGCAACGAUGUCAGUAAUGCCAUCGGCCCACUGGUGGCACUGUGGAUGAUCUAUGACCAGGGCGGGGUAAUGCAGGACUCGGCCACUCCUGUGUGGCUGCUGUUCUAUGGAGGCGUGGGCAUCUGUGCUGGCCUGUGGGUGUGGGGACGCCGCGUAAUCCAGACCAUGGGCAAGGACCUCACCCCCAUCACGCCUUCCAGUGGAUUCACUAUUGAGCUGGCUUCAGCGGUCACUGUUGUGCUGGCGUCCAAUAUUGGACUCCCUAUCAGUACCACGCACUGCAAGGUGGGUUCAGUGGUGGCUGUUGGAUGGCUGCGCUCGCGGAAGGCGGUAGAUUGGCGUCUCUUCCGGAACAUUUUCCUGGCUUGGUUCGUCACGGUUCCUGUAGCAGGCCUGUUCAGCGCCGCUGUCAUGGCCCUGUUCGUCUACGGCAUCCUGCCUUUCGUAUGAGGGCGAGGACCAGAGAUGGAGAGAAUUAUAGUAAGGUGAUUGGGAAGGCGAGGGAAAAAAUUUUAUAAGACCAGGAGGUGGUAAGAUGAAAGGACAGAUUGAAAAAGAGUUAAUGGGGGAUGGCCAUAGAGAGGGUGUUUAAAAGCUGCCUAGGAUGCAUCUAGAAUCUUCUGAUUAACUGUCCUUUGUUAUCUCUACAAAUGUAUCUACUUUUUUCUGUUUUAGCUGUUGUAAUGUUACUGAACACCGUAGGUCUCAUGCUUCAUCCAUAACACAAUGAAGCAGUAACACAAAAAAGGUUUCUCAUACAAAAGUGAUCAUGCCAACAAAAUUUGCUAAUCCUCAAGGUUGAGACUACAUGAGCAAAUUCUCAGAUCAGCACAUAUGAACUUUAUAUAUACACACACACAGACAAAUUCAUGCAUUCUUCAAUUACCACACACCAUACUGAUACAUGACAAGAAGGUGUUUCAUAAAGCACCAUACAGCACAGUUUAGAUCAGCGUAAUUUUGAAAGCACAAAGCUUCACUGACCUACUUCACUAAAUGGCUAUAUGAGGCUUUAUUUAAUCUGAAAUAUACACUGUAUGAUAAGAGCUGCAGUAUACUAUGUCCACUCAAAUGAAAAGCUGGUGAUGUAAAUGUAGGUAAACUCUUAAACAUUGGAGGCCAUGUAAGGUCUACACUGCAAUAACUGCUGUAUCUCUUGGAACUUUGACUUAGGGUCCCUAAAAUCAGCUAAAUGUAAAUAUUGUGUUAUUCAUCAUACCUCAACAAGUCUCUGCCAUUUAAAUAAAGCUAGUGAGUCAAAAUAUGAGGAGGAUGGAGUAAAACACUAUAAGUCCGAUAUAUGAUUGUCAUUGUUGGGUUAAAAAAAAAAAAAGCUCUUUUUAUCAUAUUUAUUCAGAUUAUAAAAGAUUAUAGAACUUUUCAUAAAAGUUUAUUUUAAAGAAUAUAAAGUAAACAACAAAACGCUAUCUUACUUUUAACAGUGUGUGCUAACAUUUCUUCUGUAAAUAUUUUCUGCGAUAGACUUUGGAUAAGCUCUGUAUUUAGUCUCUAGACAUCAUAGAACCUGCAAUGUAGAGAUUAAGCUUUGACAGAGCAGGCACAAGCUACUGAGGAUUACUAAAGAAAAAUAAAUGCAUCAAGGACAUAACAUUUCUAACAAAUCAAGAGCUACAACACCAGAAACACCAUUUUAUAUGAUUUUUAGAUACGAUUUGAGUCCAGCCCAGUUAUUUUGUUAUUGGAUUUCAAAUUUGAGCUAAGAAUCAAUCCCCACACAGUAAUUUGUAAAAGGCUUAUACUCGUGCACACCAAAAUGUACCACUCUCUCGAUAAUUAAUCACAUUUCAUUUCUAAAUCACUAGAAUAGGAGAAAAACAAAAUAUUGUACAUAUUUUAAAAUUACAUUUAGGCACUUUAGGUGUUUUAAAAGAUGUAUAUUAUCCAAAUGAUGAUGUAUUAAUGUUCUUGCACUGAUGUGAUAGCUAUUGGAAAAAGAUUUUGGCCCUAUGCACCAAGACCUCUAAGCAAUACAGCAGGUGCCUCAAUCAUUCUCUUAAAAUAUUCACCAAAGAUUAACUCAGAUUUCAUGUAUUCCCAGUUAGGCUUAAAUGCAUUCAAUCAUUUUGUCUUUAGUCUCUCAUUCGUUAUUUGAAAAGCCAAACACAAAGUAUCUGUAUACAGUAUUUAUGUACACUGUAACAAGGCAUGCCAAUAGAAUCCAACAAAAAUGCCAAGAUAAUGCCUAAAUGUGCAGAUAUAGCCAAAAUCUACUUUAACAGUACAGUGCAUUGCACCAGCACAUACGCAAAUACACCCACGCACACAUACACACCAGCAUCUGCGCAUACUGUUUGGGAAAGGCAGUGUUAGAACUCCAGUUCAGACAGGCAUGGCUACUGGUGAAACGAUAUGACGCCUCUCAUUCAUUACACUGUCACUCAGUUUAAUCCACAAAGCUGUCUAGAAUCUGGCCAUGAAGUCAGUGCCAACGGUUACUAGUUACUCAUUUACAAAAUAUGGUGGUCAUAAGUGAUUGGUGCUGGUCUAAAUAACACCUUAAUGCUCUGCCUACAGAAUGUGGCUUUGAACCAAUGCAAAGUGUUAACCUUGUUUUUCCUUGUGAGUGUACUAUACUUUUUUGUUUGUUUGUUUGUUUUUUAUCUCUCAUCAUGAACAAAUCUAUGCUUCGGUGCCCAUUUGCCUUGUAAUAUUGUGCUUUACUGUUUGUCGAAUACAGUAAAUUCAGUACUGUGGUGUUUACAUUAUCACACGUAGGUAGAAAUAACUCCGUACUGUUGCCUAAAAUUGACAAACUAUUUACUACACAAUUAAAGAUAUACAGGAAUAGUGUGAGGUAUCUCAUGUCAUUUCGUGUUUUAGUUUGUAGCGGUGUGAAUUAUGAUCAUAUGUUACUUUUACACUGCUAUAUGUAGUUUUAAAAAAAAAAAGAAUCAAACUGUAAAGGUGAGUGUGAUUAAAAAAAAAAAUCAUUAGAUAUAUGAAUAUCAUUCAAACUAUAUUUUUCUACAUGUAUGAGUUUUACCUUGAGUGAAUUUUGGAGAGAGAACUGGGCUAAAAUGAGUCCUAGCAGAAAUUUGUUAUAUUGAGAAAUGGAUCUACAUACAGUAUGUACUAAUAUAAAGUUCUCUCAAUUAAUGCAAUAUGUAACAGUAUCAUUCAGGUAAGGGUUUAAUAUACUUUAAAAUGGUCUUGGAGAGAUUCCACAAGUCCAUUAUCACUGGAAUUCUGUCCCUUGUUUAUAAGCAUGGUGGCUUAUUCAAAUUCAACAAUGUUAAAGAUUAUUUUAGCAAUGUACUUGAACAAAAGUAGUUAUACCAUAGUUUAGGCAAGGCAGUUUUUGACUAAGUUUUUGACUACAAGCAGCAGAUGAUGUAAUUUUCAGCAGUUGUCCUCUUUCUGUCACUAAGACAUUAAUGUGUGAGCAGUGAAACCUCAUAUGACCCGUGUUUCUUUGGGGAUGCAGUAGCUUGUGUGGCCACAGGAUGGUAGCAUAUAACUAUUGUAAACAUCCUUCAUCUAGGACAAUUGCCAAUGGCUGCAUUUCAUAAAGCUAUAUAGAAAACUCAUCAGAUCCCUCUGAAAUUACUUAGUUAUUAUCUUUAUGAACCUAAUAUGAUCCAACCUACUAUGACUUCAGUGUAUAGUAACAUAUCAGUGAAAUUGGACAAUGUGCAAAGUAACCAUCCAGUUAGCUGUGUAGAUAAAUGUUUCCAGUUUUGCUUGGCAUCAUAUCAGCAUUCUCCUUUAGUGGCUGUACUGAUUGCAUUUCUUAUUUGUCUUCUCAUUCGCAUUGAAACCUAGAGCGAAUGUAGCCUGCUCCCCUGCUGAUGCCUGCUACGUGUUUUUCCCUGUGCUGCCAUGCUGUAAACAGUCUGGAACCCUCUUAAACCAGGGCCAUAGACCUAAAUACUACCCUUAUCUGCAUAUGUACUGUAUUACUGUUUCUAUUUCUUUUUGGAAUUUUUGUGAGAGUUGUCUGCAUUUUGAACUAAUUAAAUUAUGGGAAUUAAAACGACAAAGAAUAACA